AGGAGAUGCAUGGACACGCAGGUUAAACCGAGAUCAUAGUGAUCGAUGUGCGUUAUAUCGGUUGUCACGUGAUCUGUUAGCGUCAGUUUGAUCUACAUGUAUUACCGGACCGGGAUAGUUGAUAACAGGGUUUGACACCCAUAAAUUAAAAAAAAAAAAAACAAGACAAAAUGACGUCGGCUGAUGCUGAGAAAGAUCGGCAGGUUGUCGAUUCAAUCACCACUCCAGGGAUAACUGUUGAGCAAGUUAUGGACAUGUAUAAAUCCUGGGCCAAUUCAUAUGACCAAAGCAUGAUAAAAGUUCUGGCUAAGGGACCUAUCUUCGCGGCCAAGGUUGUCAAAGACGUCUUGGGUGACGACAGGAAAGCAUUGAUAUUGGACGCCGGCGCCGGCACAGGACUUGUUGGGAAAGAGCUCCAAUCUGCUGGUUUUAGUUACAUCGACGCCCUUGAUGGCUGCCAAGAUAUGUUAGAUGUUGCUAAGGAGAAAGGGAUUUAUAUGAAAUACAUUUGUGCUUAUCUGGGACCUGACAAGUUGGACAUCCCCACAGCACAUUACACGUGUACAGUGUGUGUUGGAACCAUAGUACCUGGCCAUGCCACUGCGGCCUGUUUGCCAGAACUGAUACGUAUUACCAAACCAGGCGGCCACGUGAUCAUAGCGACGCGGGAGGUCCACCUCCCACAUGUCGGACAUGAAGGGAAGAGUUUUGAUGACUGGCUGCAGAUACACGAAGACGAUAACCUGUGGAGGAAGUUGGAGAGAAAGAGAGUACCAGAAUACCAAGGGGAAUUUGCAGGCAUUGUGUAUACUUAUCAAAUCCUGUGA